AUGCCACACAGUCAUCACUCACACUCUGGUCAGUUUUGCAAGCACGCUAACGGCACUCUCGAAAAAGUGGUCCUGGAAGCCAUAUGCAAGGGAUUUGAAGUCUACGGUCUGACAGAACAUGUUCCGAGAUAUCGGUCUGAGGAUCUAUACCCGGAAGAGGAAGAGCAAGACAUGAGUCCAGAAGCACUAUUAUCCCAGUUUGACGAAUUUGUUCAGGAAGCCCAUCGUCUAAAAUCUCUUUACGCGUCCAAAAUCACUCUAUUGGUCGGCCUUGAGACAGAAUUCAUCACUUCUCUCGAUUUGGAUCGUCUGGAUGAUCUGCUUUCUCGUUAUAGCGGCCUGAUCGAGUACCUAGUAGGCUCGAUACAUCACGUUGAUGGAGUUCCCAUCGAUUUCGAUAUACCGACAUACGAAAAAGCAUUACGCCUGCACGGUGGGAGUAAUUCAGAACAUCAGACAAUGGAGAACUUCUUAUGCAGCUAUUUCGAGGCUCAAUACAAGUUAUUGGAGCGAUUUGAGCCAGAGAUCAUAGGCCACGUCGAUCUCUGCCGUCUAUACACUCCUAGUCUACAACUCUCGGAUUUCACUCAGGCGUGGGACUUGUUGAGGAGGAACAUCAAGUAUGUCGUAGGGUACGGAGGGUUGUUUGAGUUGAAUGCAGCUGCAUUCCGGAAGGGUUGGAGUACGGCAUAUCCAGGUGAGGACGUACUACGGGUGAUCGUCGCCGAAGGAGGUCGUUUUGCGUUGUCUGAUGACAGUCACGGACCUCAUGCAGUCGGGUUAAACUAUCAUCGAGUGGCGGAAUAUCUUGAAACCCAAAAAAUCUCCCAGAUAUGGUUUCUUCGGCACGACGAACGUUCUACGCACAAAGGGCGAUGUGUCAAAGCUGUCAGGCUUCCAGGGGAUUGGCGAGACCAUGUAUUUUGGAAGAGAAAUGCAAUAGCGGCCUAG